AUGCAUCGCAUUUCAAGUUCUAAACCCAGAGACGACUCAUCGCAUUUCAAUUCACCACCCAGACGAUUCAUCAACAAUGAAACCCUUUUCAUUUUCACCAAAACUCUUUGCUCCGAAACUCUUCUCAACCAAGCUGAAGAGCUCUUAGUUGGCUACUCUUGUUCUGCAGCACUUGUUCUGCAGCUCGCAACACUCGCUCUGCAUUACACGAUCCAUAACGCACACAGUCCUUGCCUCUCGUCCUCUCCUUCUCUCAUCGGAAAUACGGUGGGAAGAAAUCUUCUGGAAGUAGCAGUGGCUCUCAGGCAGACUGAAGCUUUGCUGUGUCAUGAUUUGAAGUUUAUAGUAUUAAGGAUGCCUAUAUGCAGUUACAUAAAGUACUUGUUUUAUGGUUUUAUGAUACCAGAAGACAUGUUAAUGCUGGUAGUGAACUUCAUUGUUGAUAUAGUUUUAGAUUUACUGCAAUUUUAG